CGUUUUUUUUUUUUGAAACACAAUUAUAAUACGUUUCUAAAUAAUAAAAAAGCUUACUAAUGUUUUUUUUUCGUAGGGAUGAACCACCUCCUCUUAUAGUUAGACGUCGUUUUCGCCGGGGUACUUCUUCAGUCACUCAGAGUACGUCACCCGCUAGUAGCCCAGUUGCAGCUACCACUCCUCCAGCAGCCCCCACCCCUCCAGCAGCCCGCACCCCCCCUUCUGUAGCUUCCGGCCCUUCUCAAAGUUCAAGAGGAGGAGGAUUGCCUACUACGAUGACUGUUGCGGAGUUAGUUAGGCAACCUGGCCGAGAAUCGCUUCAGCGCCUUGAUCCAAAUUAUCUUAUUGUCCCAAACACCACUUGGUUUGAUUUGUCUGGCAAUGGUAUCACCAACAGCCUUCUUAGGAUGGAGUACACGAUGCUAAAGCGUGGUUAUCCAACUUUCUAUGACAUGCCUGCAGAAGAUCAAGAACUUUGGUUUCGGCAAUUUGCGCAAGAGUUCACUUGGGAAUCAGGGAUUACCGAACAAGUGAAAAUUGUUUUCCGCCGCAAAGCAGCUUCGCACUACACCAAGCGGAUCAAUGAGUGGAAGCAAAAAUUCGAUGUUGGUGAGGUCCCGAAGCACAUCAACCCAGACGUUUGGCGGGAUUUGUGUGGUCAUUGGACGAAAGAUGAGACAAAGUCUUUGUCGACAAUCAACUCGCAAAAUCGGUGUAGCAGCCGUGGCGGGAAAGGGAUGUUUGUCCACAACUUAGGGGCAACAAGUUUACAGACCCGAGCACUUCAGCUAAUGAAGGAAAACGGUGGAGUUCCCGUAGAUGAUUUUACCCUGAUGAAGAAUGCCUAUACCAACAAGAAGACUGGCGUGAUUCAGGAUGGACUUAUUCAGGACGUAAUCCAGGUCGUGGAAAAUCGAAAAGAGGAUCUCCUCGCGACUCAAGCUUCUAUGUGUGAAGAAGGCGAUUCUGCAUCUUCCAACUCCUUAACCGUAGAGCAACUCAACAACCUUGUUCUCGAGGCUGUUCCAAGGAAAAAGGGCCGUUAUGUUGGAUUGGCUCGUUCGACCGGAGGGGCUUCUUCUUCUUCUUCAGCUCACUAUCCACUGGUUCAUGAGCUUAUGGAGCAGAUUAAGACCAAAGAUACGGAGAUUGAGUUCCUCAAGAAUGACAAUGCUGAAAUCCGGGUUGAGCUGCAGCAAAACCGAACGACUAUGGAGCAAAACAAUGUUCUCACCCAGACCUUGUUGCAGAAGUUUAGGAGCCGAUUCGGUGAAGACUUUUAGUUGUUUUUUUAAUUUUCAAAAACUUUUUAUUACUUUUCAUAACUUUAAUGUAUAAUAAUGUUGAAUUUAUAUAUCUAUAAUGUUUUUAAAUUCUAAAUUAUCAAUUUUUUCCUAAAAUUAAAUAAAGAAUUAUAAAAAUUGUUUUUUUUUUAAUUAAAAAAGGAAAACCGACGGAUGAAGUUUUCCGUCGGAAUUUCUACAUAUUUCCGACGAAUAUGUUCCGUCGGUUUUUUUCUAAAAAUUCCGACGACACAUAUCCGUCGGUUUUUUCAGAAAAUUCCGACGAAUUCUCUUCGUCGGUAUUCUCUAUAAAUACCGACGAACAUAUUCCGUCGGAAAUUUUAGAAAAUUUCCGACGAAACAUAUCCGUCGGUUUUUUCAGAAAAUUCCGACGAAUUAUCUUCGUCGGUAUUCUCUAUAAAUACCGACGGAUGUGUUUCGUCGGAAAUUUUAGAAAAAACCGACGGAAUAUGUUCGUCGGUAUUUACCGACGAUAUGUGUUCGUCGGUAUUUUGCCGACGAAUUGCCGACGAAUAUCAGUAUACCGACGAGAUGAUACCGACGGACAUAUUUCGUCGGUAUUCCAUCGGUAUGCUACUUUCCCGACGAGAUUAUGACGGAUUUGUCCAUCGGUAUCAAGCAGUUUUCUUGUAGUGUAUGCCUAAACUAAAAAAAAUUCAGUGGUGUAUUUUAUCCAAGGCGGUGAGUACGGCAACAGGAUUAAAAACUAGAGGGUUAAAUAUGGAUUCCAUAUGUCAGAGAUGUGGUCUUAAUGAUGAAACACUUGUUUCAUUGUCUGUUCACAUGUCCAGAAUCCAUAUGCAUUUGGAGAUUGUAAAAAACUACCUUUUUACCAUUUUUUAACGGUUCCUGGAAGUUUGUAGGAUUAUAUGGCAUUACUUUUAAAGAUACAAAACCAAUCUUCACUUUCCAUGUUCGAUAAUUUUUUUACCUUUUUGGUUAUUAUGGAGGAUUUGCAAGUCGUGUAAUAUAUUGUUGUUCCAGAUAAAGAAAGUCCCUUUAUAAACAACGGUUGAUAAGGCGUUCAUGGAUGUGGAUGAAUGGUUAACAUGGGUUUGUCCGGUACAAGGAUUACUUAAAUGUAAUUAAUUAUGAUGCAACUUUUGAUCUCAGAACGAGAAGAGUUAAUUCAAGAUGGAUAGUCGGAGAUAGGUUUGGAACAACAAUCAAGUGACGAGCAGGAGAUGUUGAUGUAGCUACAACAAGCUUGGAGGUGGAAGCCAAAGCUCUUUUAGUGGCUAUGCAAUUGUGGUCUGAAAGUCUCAAAAAUAGGUUUUCCGAAGGAGAUUCACAAAUAAUUAUUGAUACUUUUACGGGUUCACAAAGAUAUUACUAUUUGUAAUUUUCUGAAUAUUCGACAUUGGUCUGCAAAAUUAAGAGAAGUGUCAUUCGCAGGUCAGGGAAUAACGCUGCUCACAUUUUAGCAAGGAAGGUCUUCCAAGUGGA